GGUUGACUCCUCACUGCACUGUGAAAACCAUUAGGAAAAAGUCCUUGGGGUUAAAACCUGGGGCUCCACAGUGUUCCCUGCACUUGGGGCUAGAAAUUAAUUUAAAUGGCGACUGAUCUGUCUGAAGCUGAACCCGUGCAUCAUAAGGCGCUUCCACUCUUAACGGGAGCUCAGCUGAUCCACACGGACAAGUUAAGUGAGAAAAUUGAAGACGACACGAUGCCGAUCCGUCGCUCGGUGAAUUCUUCUUCCCGGGAAACUCCUCCCAAAAGCAAACCUGCUGAAGGUGAAGAGGUCAAAGCAGAUGCAGAAGUUGCCUCUGAGGAAUCUGCCUCUGUUGGAGAACAAGAGAAUGAAACCCUGCCUGCUGCAUCCAGUGAAGCAGAACAGCCAAAGGAACCCGAGAACGAAGGGAAGGGGGAAACAAAGUCCUCAGAAGAAACCAAAAAGGAUGAGAAGGAUCAGUCUAAGGAAAAGGAGAAGAAGGUGAAAAAGACCAUUCCUGCGUGGGCUACUCUUUCUGCUAGCCAGCUAGCUAGAGCACAGAAGCAAACUCAGAUGGCUGCCACCUCACGUCCCAAAAUGGAUGCUAUUUUAACGGAGGCCAUCAGGGCGUGCUUUCAAAAGAGCGGUGCAUCCGUCGUUGCAAUACGUAAAUACAUCAUCCACAAAUACCCUUCCCUGGAGCUUGAGAGGAGGGGCUACCUUCUAAAGCAAGCAUUGAAAAGGGAGCUGGAGAGAGGAAUCAUUAGACAGGUGAAAGGAAAGGGAGCUUCUGGGAGCUUUGUGGUGGUGUCUAAUGCAGGCAAAACUGUUCCAAAAGCCAGAGACAGAAAGAAAAGCACUUCCGCUUCGGCCGCAGAGCAACAAGUCAAGCUGGAAGAUAUCCUGCCACUGGCUUUCACCCGCCUUUGUGAGCCGAAGGAAGCUUCUUACAGCCUGAUCAAGAAAUAUGUGUCUCAGUAUUACCCCAAACUCAAAGUAGAUAUAAGACCCCAGCUGUUGAAGAAUGCCCUGCAGAGAGCUGUAGAGAAGGGCCAGUUAGAGCAGAUCACAGGGAAGGGAGCGUCUGGGACAUUCCAGCUGAAGAAAUCAGGGGAGAAGCCCCUGCUGGGUGGGACUCUGAUGGAAGAUGCCAUCCUGUCUGCUAUUGCGGCCAUGAACGAACCGAAGACCUGUUCCACCACAGCACUGAAGAAGUACAUCCUGGAAAACCACCCAGGGACCAACUCCAACUUCCAGGUGCAUCUACUGAAGAGAACCCUGCAGAAAUGUGAGAAGAAUGGCUGGAUGGAGCAGAUUUCUGGGAAGGGCUUCAGUGGAACCUUUCAGCUUUGCUUCCCCUAUUAUCCUAGCCCAGAUGUGCUCUACCCAGAGAAGCAGCAGGAUGAGGACUCGGAGGAAUCUGAUGAGGACGAAGAGGAGGAAUCUGAGGAGGAAGAAGAAUCCGAGGAGGAAGAGUCUGAGGAGGAAGAGCCACCACCAAAGAAGAGGAUGCAGAAGAGACCGCCUCCGAAGUCACGGAGCAGGGCCCCUCCGAUGAAGCGGAGAGAGUCCAAACCCAAGCCAAGAAAAACCCCCGCAGCCCGCCGGGGGAAAGCAAAGCCCCCUCCCAAGGUGAAAACCCCUGCUAAGAAAGCCAAACCAGCAGCCCCAGCCAUCAAGAAGCCCUCUGGUGGCAGCUCUUCCAAGAAACCAGCAGCCAGCGGGAGGAAGGAAGUGAAACCCUCUGCCAAGGGCAAAUCCACCAUGAGGAAAUCUCUCCGGGCAAAAAAGUAA